AUGAUAACUUUUCUCUUCUUUUCUUCUAAUUCUGAUGGUCCAUUUGUUGCUUCUUCUACUCUUCUUCCAUUUCUUUUAUUUCUAUUUCACGUUCUACUUCUAUUUCUUUUUUCUCUCAUAUCUUUCUAUUAUCUCUUCUCUUCUUCUAUAUCUCUUUCUUGUUCUUGUAUUAUUUCUUCUUUUCUUCAUUUUCCAUACGUAUUUCUUCUUCUUUCUUACAUAACUUCUCUUUCUUUAUCUUUUCUAUCUCUUCAAAUCUAUUCAUCCAUUCUUGUAUUAUUUUCUUAUUUUCUUUUUCUUAUGUCUUUUCUUGUAAUAUCUUUUAUUUCUAUGUCUUUUAUAUUGUUUAUUCUCAUAAUAAUAUUUUAA